GAACCCUUCGCCCCCCAACUAUCCGAUUACUAGUGGCAGCAGGCAGACCCAUCCGGCGGCUGUUAUAAAAACACAAACGCGGCCAAGGGAAAUUUACAUUUGAAAGCGGACCAACAGCCACAACAGUUGGGCGGCACACUGGCACACGCACGCCCAAAGUUCAAGCCCCAAGGAUUAGCAGCGACAGGACAGGGACAGGACAGGAACAGGAACACGAUGAAGCCUCCUGGCCAACAUGCCAACAGUUCAUUAACGAUCUAUGCAUUAAUGUGGCUCCUGCUAUCCAUAACAAUGAGCGGCCAAGUGGAGGCGAUAGACGCCUCUUUGCAUCCGCAUCCACACGCUGCCGCUGCCGCUGCGGCUGCUGCUGCUGCGUUCCCAUUCCAGCUGCCACCAGUGGUUCUGCCUUUGGAACAUGGCAAAGGCAAUUACCAUGACACAGGCGCGGACGCGGACGCAGCCGCGGCAGAGUCGUUGGCGGGAUUAACAGGAUAUACACGAAAUUAUUAUGGCACUUCUGGUGGCAGCGAUGACUUGGCAAGGGCCACAUAUGGAAAUUAUGCCCCCCCACACCAGCUCUGGUCAUCACUGGGCAGCACGGCAAACGGAUUUGUGCCCUUCCCCGCCUAUUCCGCCGCCCACUAUGGCAACAAAGUGCCGCUGCACUCGGCAUACGGCGAGCAUACCGAACAGCAUUCCGGACAGCAGCGGGGCAAUAUCGAUUUUGCCAUUAAUACUGGAAAUUAUGAGGCAAAUGUCGCUGGUCCUGGUGCUGGUGCUGCUGCCGGUGCCGAUGCCGGUCCUGGGGCUGCCUAUCAAAGCUAUGUAUAUCAGCCUCAGCCUCAGAGAGAGCCACAGCCGCGGGUGCCGCUUGCCACCAACACGCCCCACGGUCAUUACCAUUUCGAACAAAUUUCCAAUUAUCGCGAGCAAAGGGAGGCUCCAGCUGGGGCGGAGUACGAGCAGGACAAUGGGUCUGGUGUCUAUUCUGGGAUCAAAGGACGCCAAACCUUGUUGAAUCCGGUAAAGCGGCAGCAGGAGGCGGCUGUCUAUCGGCAGCAGCAAGAGACAGAAAAUCAGCAGGAACUGAGCCAGCGGCUGGAACUGCGCGAACGGCAACUGGAACUGAGGGAACGGCAGCAGGAGCUGAGGGAACGCCAGCGACUGGGUAGCCAGCAGGAUCAACAGGAUCAGCAGUUGCUCUACUCGCACACCGACAGGCACAUUGCAGAGCUGCCAAAGAGUGGCGGCGGCUUCCUGCCACCGAUUACCAGCAGCGUGCAUCACACACCCGCGAGCAGCAAGGCGCUGGCCGGACUGCCGCUGGGCAAACACAUCGAGAUCACGCGACAGGUGCCCGUCACCCACUACCAGAAGCAGCUGGUGCCCUACAAGCAGACGCUGCAGGUGCAGGUGCCGCGCACCGUUAUCGCUGCCGUGCCCCGGCCCGUGCCCAUCAAGGUGCCCGUCAGCAAAACGGUGGCCGUGCCCCAGCUGCAUGAGGUGAAGAUACCCAUCGAACGGAUCAAGCCGGUGCCCGUGGAGCGACCCAUACCGUUUGUGGUCGAGCGACGUGUGCCCUACCGAGUGGAGAAGGCUGUGGCCACGCCCGUCUACUAUCCGUAUCCGGUCAAAGUGCCCGUGGUACGAACGGUGGUGCACAAGCAGCAUCUGCAGCAGCAGCAUCAUCAUCCACACUAUGUGGCAACGGGCGGCUGGAAUGCCAAUCAUCUGUUGGGCUAAAACUUAUAUCCUGUAUGCCUAUUCGAUCUUUAAGCCUUCAAUAAUAAAUUCGUAAUCUUGUUCUUUAAACGAUU